GCCCCGAUGCCCGGAAAGAGUCUGGAGGGAGCAACCGCGGAAGGACGGCAAAUGCCUGCUGCAGCUCUGGUGUGCUCGCGGCACUCUGGUGCCCGGCUCUGACCCCGACCCCGCUCUCACCUGGCCUUGGCCGCGACCCAGGCUUGCACGCUGGCUUCGUCCCCCGUCCCCCUCAGCUCGGCCUCCAGCAGCCCGGCGUCCUCCGGCUGCUGUGGGACUGGCCGUCCCCUGCAGCUGCUGCAGGCAGUGGACACGGAGUACACCGCGGACUCGGUGGAGUGGUGCCCGCUGGAGGGCUGCCGGCGCGUGCUGGCCUGCGGCACCUACCAGCUGCGGGCGCCGGAGGGCGAGGGUGAGCGGGACGCCACUGCGCCGCAGACCCGACUCGGCCGUCUGUACCUGUACAGUUGCAAUGACAACCUCUCUGCGUGCUCCCUGGCCGAGAUCCAGAGGAGAGACUCUUCUGCCAUCCUGGACAUGAAAUGGUGCCACGUUCCGGUGGCCGGCCAGGCCCUCUUGGGUGUGGUGGACGCUGGCGGGCACACAGAGCUGUUCCGACUGGUGGGAUCCGAGGGGAGCGCGCACACCCUGCAGCUGGCGGCCAGCUUUGCCCUGGACGAGCAGUGUCUGGCCUUGUCACUGGACUGGUCCACUGGGAAAACCGGAAGGGCCAGCGGCCAGCCCCUGAAAAUCAUUAGCAGCGACUCCAAGGGACAGCUGCACCUCCUGAAGGUGGACGAGGCGGGGCCGGGCCCACGGGCUGUGGCCACGUGGCAGGCCCACGGCUUCGAGGCCUGGGUCGCCGCCUUCAACUACUGGCAGACGGAUAUCGUGUACUCAGGUGGGGACGACGGCCUUCUGAAAGGCUGGGACACCAGGACGCCCAGCACGCCUGUGUUCACCAGCAGGAGACACUCGAUGGGCGUGUGCAGCGUGCAGAGCAGCCCCCACUGGGACGGCAUCCUGGCCACGGGCAGCUACGACGAGCACGUCCUGCUGUGGGACUCCCGGAACAUGGGGCGGCCCUUCGCAGACGUGCCCGUGCAGGGCGGCGUGUGGAGGCUCAAGUGGCACCCGUGGCGUGGCCACCUGCUGCUGGCAGCCUGCAUGCACGGCGGCUUCCGGGUCCUCGACUGCAGGCAGGCCCUCGAGGAGAAGCAGGACGCGUGCACGGUGCCUCUGUCCCACGCGCUGCCCAGCUCGCUGGUGUACGGAGCCGACUGGUCCUGGCUCGCCCCCUGCUGUGUGCCCCACGCCCAGCAGCCGGCGGAAGACGAGGCAGGGGGUCAGUUGCCAGGGCCUCCAGCCCUCGGUUGUUCAGCAGCAGGUGACAGAGGGGGUGGCCCCAUGCUCCAGAGUGGAAGUCAGGGAAGGACUUCUCUCCAGCCGCCCACGGAGGGCCAGCCACGCACCCCAGGGCCCAGGCUCUGUGACUCCGACCAGUGUGUGGGCGCAGCGGACCUUGACGUCGGCCUGUUCGCCACUUGUUCCUUUUACGACCACGUCCUUCACCUCUGGCGGUGGGAGCCGGGGGCAGGGGUGGGGGCCCAGUCUGAAGCCGUCAAGAGCGUGUCUGUGCAUGAACUGCCCUGCCCCCCCCCCCCCCGGAGGCGUGUGCUGCAGGCUGUGCCGCUCGGUGCGGGGCUCACGCCUCCGGGGACCCAGUGUCCUCAGGGAACAAAGCCGUUGGCGUCCCUGACAUGACCUUUACCUGCUGGGCCCUGCAAAGUGGGGACCCGGGCGGGGGCCUGUCCUGGUUCCCAAGCUUAUCGGUUUUAUGUGGUUUGGACUUUCACUUCUUUAAGCAAUAUUUAUAUUAAAUGAAGUUUUGCAGCCUUUUUU